UUGACGGGCUUGAUUCUUUCCAAUGAAAACCCAUCCACAGAACCCUUAUAGAACACAAGCGGCAAGCAAACCGACUCGCAUGGCUUAAGAAUAAAAGUAGCCGCGCAACAACUCGCAAAUUUUGAAAACGCUUCCAAGACCUGAGAUUCAUCGUCUUUUAACGAUCUCUGCUUUCCGUUUCUCUUCCUGCCCCCCCGUUUUUUUCUCUUCCAGAACCCAUCUCUCCCAUGCUCUCUAACGAUUUCACUGUUAAUCCAUGUGCUUGUGCUUGUGCUUGUGCUUGUGGAUCUCACAUGCGUUUCCCAUCAGGUUUUUUAGAUGGAGAAAGAAGUAAAAUCUUCUUCCAAGACGCGUCUAAAUUCCAUCAAAGGUGGAGCUUCAGCAUCGGGACAGUCUAAGAGAACUGGGAAGUUUAAAAGAAGUAAAGUAGCUUCUGUUUUCCACCUAAAUGUGGAGAAUGCCUCUAAUUGGUUACAGAGAAAUCAAUCGAGGAGUACUGCAGCUGCUAAUGACUCAGAAGAUCUUAGUGACAUCGAUGAUGCUGAGAUUGCUGGAUACCUUCUUCACAAUGAGAAAGAGAUGGAAUUCAAAAGAACCCUUUGGGAAAUGAUGAACAAGAAAUAUUUGAAGGGGAACCAACUGAAAGGAGCUAGAAAGGUAAAGAAAAGAACACCUUCUAAGAAAGCCAUUAAAAUUGCUGGCCAGACAGAGAAUAAGACGAGAUCGAGUUCGAAAAUCAACUAUGAUGUCUUGAAGAAGCUAUUGGAUGAUGGGCCUGAGGAGGUUCCUGGAAAGGUAGAAGACAGCAAACACUCUAAUGCCAGUUAUGCUGACUCACAGCAGGUGGACGAGAACUCCAUCCCUGAAGGACACGGUUCUGGUGCUAGUGAAGAAAAUGACGAGCACGAACAUGAUUAUGGAGAGACUGAUGCCGGAAACAAUGACUACUACAAUGAUACGUAUUUUGAAAAUGAAGAGGAUGAUUAUCACUACGCUGAGGAUUAUGACUGAGGCAUGCUAACACAGAAUUUUUUUGUUGAUUGUAAGAUUUCGACACAUUGAUUCAUUUAUGGUCAAUAUUCACUGGUUACCAUUAGUCCUUUUGAUUUCUUUUCCACCACCUUGAUCAUUUAUAUGCUGUUUGUAUCAUUUGGGAUACUAACAUGGCCCCGGGGGAUAUAUAUGAAAGAUAGAUAGGAUCCAAAUCUAUUGGAUGACUUCGUUUGUGAUUGUGGUAGUUUUAGUUAAAUAAUUUUAGUUUUUUUAUAAUAGAUUUUGUAGACAAGAUUUUAUAAAUGUAAAAAUAAUUUUUUUUCA